UCAGCCACUCCAGCACACCAUUCUUUUUGACUCACCUUCCGAUGGAAUAUCUUGAUCUCCGACGCAUUCAUAGCCAUUAUUCGUGAACCACUGCUCGUAGAAAUAUCUUCAAAAAAAGAAAAAAGAAAGAAUGACGUUUGAUUUCAUUGGACCACAGAUGGCCUCAAAUGCAACAUUGCCAGAAUGGUUCGAUCCACUGGAAAGCGUAGUGAGCACUGUUUUCAUGUUGGGCUCCUUUGUGACAAUCCUUUUGUAUUUUGUUGAAAUACUUAUACUAGUCACUUUGAGAAACACAGUUUAUAAAGGAAUGUUUUAUCAAAUAUUCACAAUUGGAAUCAUCAUUGAUGUCAUAAGCCUGGUGAACAAUUAUUUUGGAUGUGUGUUUCCUGCAAAAGGAUAUUUCCGCGAUUUCUAUUUAUCCAUGGGCACGUUUGUCGGGCAAAUGUAUCUUAUGAUUGCAUGGACUGCUAGAGGGAUUCAGGGUUGUACUGUUGUUGCACUGGCUCUUAAUCGGGCCACCGCUGUUUGCCUCCCAAUCAAACAUAAGCAAAUUUGGAACAGCAAGUACAUUUCUCUGAUACACGUGUUCCAGCUAGGAGUUGGGCUUUGCAUUGGUUCGAGUUUGAUAACACAAAAUUUUUAUUGGAAGUUUGAAAGAAAUGGAAUCUACAUUCAAUUCUACAAUAAAGAUUUCCGUCGAGGAUUCUUCAUGUCUGCGUAUGUCAUAGAAACAAUAUUUGUAGCAUCUAUUAUGUUGAUCAAUGCAACAAUGGUUAUUGCAUUUCGAACUAAAUACAAAGUGCGACUAACAACGCAGCCACAUCUUAAUCAAAAAGUGAUGAAUGAUAAACAAAGACAGGAAUAUAAUUUGAACAUUGUUGCUGCAUUGACGUGUGUUGCUGAAAUUAUAUAUUAUUGUUAUGUGAUCUACGUUUUUGGAAUCAACACAAGUGUUCCUACGAGGGUCUUUUAUCUUCUCUACGAUGUUAUCAAUGAUUUGUACUGUGGCAUUUCUGGCUGGCUGUUGUUGAUAUAUUCCCGUUCCAUGAAAGCUCAUGUGACAAAAAUGUUAAGGUGCCCUAUGUUCGGUUUCCGGCGGAUGAGAAUCAUGAUACCACCUGAACAGCAGUUCGCGUCGUCUACGAAUAUUGAUGGAAACAAAAACACUUCGAACAGAAGGGUACCAACUUGUGGAACACCAUGUUAAUCUAAACUAAUGUUUAUGUGUAAAUAAUGUUCUCAUAAUAAACGUGUCAUGCAUUACGGUA